AUGGAGGGGAUAAGUUCAAUUCAGCAACUGAAGAAAAUAUAUGAAGCCAUACAACGUGAAAAGAAAGUAAACCUUUUCGGAUCUCCAGGAGUUGGGAAAACAUGGAUGGCAAAGAGGGUAAGUGACUUUAGUACUAGGAAUAGAUCAUUUGAUUUURCACUCUGGGUGUUUACAUCUAGAGACUAUAACAUKCAGUCUCUCUCUGAGAGUAUCGCUUGCCAGCUAAGCUUACUUCCCAUUAUUGAGGAGUGGGAGGUUGAGGAUGAUAGUAAUGGGAUAACGAUCAGUGGUGGGGUGGAGAUCGCGGAGACUUUGAUUGAAAAGUUAAGGAAGAAACUUGAAGGGAAAAAAAUUCUUCUAGUACUAGAUGAUGUAACGAAUGACGAAACUAAGAGGAAGGUGAAUGAAGAAAAGUUUUGGUUAGUAUGGAGAGAAAUGUUUCCUUUUCAUGAUAAUGAUGAAAAGCUGCAAAUUGUUUUCAUCUCUAGAUCAAGCAGGGAAGAUGAAGGUUUAUUYAAGGUUGAGGUGGAAGCUUUGCCUAGAGCAGAUUCCAAUUCUUUAUUGAUUGAAAAACUUGAUGCUCGAAUGAGACAGUCUCCGGUGAUCCGAACUCUAGGCGAAAACUUCAUCCAAAAAAGUAAUGGCUUGCCUGGUACAGUUAUAAUGAUAACAAAAGCCUUGAGCUACUUUGGUCUAGAAGCAUCCGGAGUCUCUAUGCUAGAGAAGGAGUUAAAAGAAGCAUCUGAAGAGUAUCAUGUGAACAAGUUAUUGUGCAGGAUGCACAGUGUGUUGCCAAUCGGUGUUCUGAAAGAUUUAUGGUGGGAUGGUYACCAUUUUUUUCGUGAUUCUGGCAGUGUUCACUACAAUGAGCUGAUAACUUACUGGAUCUUGGAAGGAUAUCUUGGUUUUGGAAGUAUGACUGAGUUGUAUGAAAAGGGUCAUCAUAUUGUCAUGGAGCUUACAGAUUGUGGCAUACUGAAAGAGCAAGAGGGUGGUCGUGUGUUCAUGGACAAGUCACUUUUAGAAGUUGAUGAUCUCUACCAAUGUCUUGACCAAAUCGCUAGUCUUGGGUUGGCAACAGUGUUCACGUCUGAUACAGAAGGUUUUGGGAGAAUCACACAUGAUGAUGGAAUGCUAAAAACACCUUGGACAAGUGUUAAUGGGAAGAAUCAAGAACAGAAACAAUCUUUAAAGARAGGUGGUCAAAAUCUUUCAACUCUAUUGCUUGAUGGAACCCAUUUUGGCGAGGAUGUUCUCAUGAGAUUCCUUCAAUCUGAAAAGGAACUUCAAGUUCUUGCUUUAUUCAAUCCCAACAUCAGAUCAUUGCCCAACCCGUUGGCUAUGAUGGAUAGGCUUCGUGUUCUUGUGCUUAGAGAUUGUGUGUUUUUGGAAGAGCUGAAUCUAUCUCUCAAAGCUUUGUGUGUUCUUGAAAUUUCUGGUGCUAGAUCUCUCRAUGAAUUGAAACAGGAAUUCUUCAAUAACAUGCCAAAACUUCAAAGCCUUCAUCUCUCUGAACUGCAAAUCACUCUUUUGCCUGAAUCCAUUUACUGUCUUGCUGAACUACAGUGGCUAGUAAUUAAGGAUUGUCCUUACUUGACAAGGGUCAAAAAUCUYGCAAAACUUAAACAUCUUAUGGUUCUUGACCUCUCUGGUAAUGUCUCUCUGGAUUACGUGGAUAAAAAUUUCUUAGAAUUUAAGAAUCUUCUGAUCCUUAAUCUUUCCAAUACCUUGGUUUCAACCACACCAUUGCUCAGAAAUCUUGAAAAGCUUACUCAUUUGCUACUGCGUGACUGUAAAAACCUAGGUAGAUUACGGAGCUUAACUUCACUAGGAAGUCUCCAAACUCUUGAUCUCUCUGGUUCUACCAAKUUUGAAGAGUUUCAUGAUCCAUCUUUACAAWGUCUAACUUCCCUUCGAACCCUUAACCUAUCUGGAACUACCCUUGAUCGUCUACCUACUAACAUUGCUAAUCCUCGUCAUCUUUAUCUUAAGAAUUGCCUUCGGUUGCAACAAUUCUCAUGCAUCGAACCCCUUGUAGACCUUGAGGUGCUUGAUCUUUCAGGUUCAAAGAAUCUCAAUGAUAUCGAGGAUGAUCUCUUUGACCGUAUGACAUGUCUUCAAGUGCUUAAUCUUUCAGAAACUAAUAUCAAAGUUCUGCCACCCCUUUCCAAACUAUCCGGUCUUCGUGAACUGUUCCUUUCUCGCUGUCCAUCCUUGAUAGAGUUGCCAUCUCUAGAAUCUGCUAUAAAAUUGGAGGUUCUUGAUGUCUCACACUSUGGUUCYUUAGAAGAUAUAGCAGAUAUCUCUUUUGAAAGAAUGAUCCAUCUUCAAAAGCUUGAUCUUUCGGAAACAAAGAUCAAGUACCUCCCUACCCUUUCAAAUCCUAGCAACCUCCGGCAGCUCGUACUGAAGAACUGCACCAUCUUGCAGAAUCUUGAACUGAAUGUAUCUUUAUUGAAUCUUGAAGUGCUAAAUCUUGCUGGUAUCACCUCUUUGGCAUCGAACGGGGCUGAACCCGUKAAAGAUAUGAUCAAGCUUCAAUUUCUUGACCUAUCUGGCACCCCGAUUGAGCAUUUACCAUCCAUGUUGAACCUCAAAAACCUUUCCCAUCUCUCUCUUGCUGGUUGCACAUGCUUAGAAACAGUGCCAACUUUUGAUCCACUUACUAAGCUAGAAGUUUUGGAUCUAUCAGGAUCAUCAAUUAAGCGUUUACCAAACUUUAGCAGUUCCAACAACCUUCGRAAGCUCCUGCUCAAAGAUUGUGUUAUGAUGGAAGAUGUUCCAGAUGUGGAGGUUAACGAUCUACUAGCACCUACUUUGAGAAUACCUCAUAAGAUAUCUCUACUAUGUCAUCUUGACUACCUCGAAUUUCCAAAUAUAAAAAAAAUUCAAGGAGUUGAAAGCAACCGUGUAGGAUGUUUGUUGGAAGAGAUGAAUCAGGAUCAGUGGAACAUCUGUCGGAUUUCUGACGGUGACAAAUCUCCGUGA